AAAAAGAAGACAAAAAAUCAAAGUCAUAUCAGUUGGUCCGGGCCCAUAGUGACAAGAUCUAACAAAUUCGCCACCUCAGAGAGACGAGAUUCCUCCAACCUCUGAACACUGUUGUUGCUCAAGAAGGUGAACAGUUUGCGAAGACGCCCAUCCCUUCUCCUGCUCCUCCUGGACGUCAUCAUCCUUGUUGCUUCUUCGUCUUCUUCUCCUAUUAGUACUGCUACCCCUACCACUACUACAAGAAGAACAACUGCUAUUGUUUAAGCGAGUGAGUGGUUCAUGGUUGGCCCAUCUUUCAAGGCAACACGCUCAUUAUAUCCAACAACAUAGAACCAUCGUCGUCAUCUCUUCGCCUUCUUCGUUCAUCAAGGUAGCGAAACCCCGAGCCCAGACCAGGAUCCACGUUGUUUGAUGCAUUCUUUGUGUUGCCCCAAUCCGGCUGUGAUAUCUGGUGACACAAGUUUUCCGAGUGCCUCUUGUGCUUAGACCCCCAAACCCCGACCCACGACCCUCGACCCACUCUGGUGCUCUAUUUGCCUGUUCAGUCGUCGAUCUCAGCAGCAACGUGAGUUUGUCGUCUAUGCCCAACGAAUCAUUGGAGGGAGUCAAGCCGCGUUUGAACCAGUCAUAAAGGUGGUGCGACAACGGCAAAUCUCCACCCAAAAUUGUCUUCAACCAUCGAGAGAACAACCACGAGCUCAGCCACCCAAGCCGCCAGCCAGCAACAGCGUCGUCGUCGUUGAACUCGUCGUGAGUCUGACUGACGUCAAGUAUCCCAAGCAUCUCUCAUCAGUUGUGGCUGGGAGUUUACAAGGAUAUUAGCUCAAUCCUUCAACAUUUAACAUUUAAAGAUGCAUCUUGUCCCGUCAUUGAUCACGAUCUCCGUUCUGGCUGCUUUGGCUGUGAGUGGACAAAAGUCCGCCGAGCGUUGCGACCCAUCCGUGUGUCGGCUUCCGGAUUGCUAUUGCGGAGGCAGCACCAUUCCAGGCGGAUAUGCCGAGGCUGACAUUCCCCAAUUUGUCUUACUUACCUUCGACGAUGCUGUCAAUGACUUGAACAAGGCCUUCUUCGAAGACCUCUUUAAGGACCGGACCAACCCCAAUGGUUGUCCCAUCAAGGGCACGUUUUAUGUCUCCCACGAAUGGACGGAUUACUCGCAAGUCCAACAUCUUUAUGCCAAUGGCCAUGAGAUCGCGUCGCACACGGUCACCCACAGUCACGGAACCAACUUCAACGAGGAGAAAUGGGCCAACGAAGUGGUGGGCGAGGCUGAGAUGCUCGUCCGAUACGCUGGAGUCAACCCCAAGGAUAUCAAGGGCAUGAGAGCACCCUUCUUGGCCGUGGGCGGCGACACCAUGUUCAAUAUGCUCAAUCGUUAUGGGUUCUACUACGAUUCGAGUAUGUCCACCAGUGGUCCUAGCUGGCCUUACACUCUGGAGUACAAGAUGCCCCACUCUUGCGCCGUCAAGCCUUGUCCCAAGCAGUCCCAUCCGGGUAUGUGGGAAAUCCCCAUGUCCACAUUGAAUGAUAUCCGAGGAGGAACCUGCUCAAUGGCCGAUGGAUGCUUUUAUGAGGAGGAUGCCGCGUCCAUUCAGAAGAUCUUCACCCAAAACUUCUUGGAACAUUACACAAAGUCCAAAGCCCCAUUCCCUCUCUUUUUCCACGCUGCAUGGUUCUUCAACCGAAACCACAGGAAGGAAGGAUUCUUCAACUUCUUGGACUCGAUCCUGGCCCUGCCCGACGUGUACUUUGUCACCAGUCAGGAGCUCAUCAACUGGGUGCGCAACCCUGAGCCCUUGGACACCAUCCACAACUCCCCGGUGGUGGGUUGCGAUUUCCCCGAUCGACCCGCCUCUUGCGGUCCCCGGAAGAACAAAUGCCAGCUCAAGCACAAGGGCGAGCAACGACAAUGGGCUUCGUGUCAAACCACCUGUCCCAAUCGAUACCCUUGGGUCAACAACUUGAACGGCGCCUAAGGCGCUUAUGACCCAUUCCGGGUCAAGUAUGUAAUCUGGCUCGCCCGUCAAACAGCGGUAAAUGAAGAGCUGCUGAAUCCAGAGGACUCUAAGCUCCCGAUAUUUAGCGCACAAAUAUGGCCCCUUCGCAGUUAUGCCAUGCAGUAUUUUUUUAUUUGUCUCUUUCAUUUCCCUAUGUCGUCCCUUCCCCCUUCCUUCCUUCCUUCCUUCCGUUUCCCUCAUCCCCCAUCCUCUCAUCUUGAGACUUUUUUCUGGACCUGAUUGUCACCCUUUGCCAUCAUUUUCCUCAUCCCCAUUACUUCCUCCACUUUCUUUUUUCUUUCAUUCUCUCUUUCUUUCUUUCCUUCUUUCUUUCCUUCUUUCAUCCAUCUAUCCAUCCAUCCUUUCCGUCCUCCCUCUCUUUGGUCCUCCGUUCAAGCCACCCUCUUCUUUUGGGUUUCCAUUGCCAAACUCACUUUUGUCCGAGGUUGCCAGGGUGGUGGUGACUGGCCCAAGGAGCCCAGCCUCCGUUCUCUCCUCCUCUUAAUUCCGUUCCUCGGUUCUCUCCUUUCCACCCAACAGAUUUACUUCCCAUCAUCAACUGCACUCUCAGAUAAGAGCGAGAAGCCGAGGACUUUUUUUACUCUUCUCAAAACGAGACUUUGCAGCUCCAGAUUUCUUUUGUCCUGCACGGACGGACACCUCCAGGAAAAGCCACGAGGAUGAUGGGAUUCGCCAUCGUCCCCUCGUUAAGUUUUCCUGUCUCAUCUGGAACAAUAACAUCAUUAGCCUUAACAGAUGGGAGCAGUCACAACACAUCGAAGAGAGGACGUUCCAAUUCAAGCGAUCCUCUUCAGUCAGCUCAUCGAAAUUAUGGACGGCCUUCCUUUCGUUGGCCUUCGAAGGUAUCGGUGUUCUGUAUGGCGCUCCAUUUCUACCGUGUUUGCCACUGGCUCCUUCUCAACCAUGAAUGUGAUAUUAACACAUGACCCCUUGACUCGUCCCAUUUAUCUUGUGUCCCUCUCCGUUUCUCUCCUUCUGUCCCAUGAGCCAGACAGCCAUAUCCCACCAGUGAUAAAUGAACGAAACAAUCUGUGCAGAAAAUGGCAAGUGAUACCCCGAUGAUGCACUUGCAGUUGUUAAUGUUAAAAGUUUUGGAAACUCCUUUUGAGAACUGAUUAACCCGUGCGUUUAGCCGAUCUAUCUAAACGUCAGAGAGAAAAAUGAAGUCCACAAAUGCGUUUUUUUGGGUCCAGUUCCAAUUCUGGGACGACUGGGAGUUGUUCCAAGACCGUUCGACGGCUUGUGUGUGGGUAUGAUUGCGUGUGAUUGCGUGUGUUCCUUCAUUCAAACGAGAAUAAUAUACAUUCACACCAAUCCCAUGUCCGCCUGCUUGAACGUUUGUCCGUCUGUCCGUGUGUCUACCUACCUACUAUUUGUGCCCAAGAUUUCUUGUUCUCUCUGUCAAUGAUUGCUUAUUGUCAUAAUCCCCUCUUGAAAAUGGAGGCCCAAUCCAAUCGCACUCAAUCGUCCUCCAAGUCCCGAUUCGAAUUGGAAAAAUAACCAUGAACAAACGGUCGGUCAAACACUCACGAAAAUUCCAAGUAGACUCAGCGCCCAACACGUCUCACCCAACUAUUGAUUAUUAUCAAAGUCCUGAAAAUAUAUAAACACAAUUUUUUUGUUCGGACAACCA